GGAAGGCUAUUUCGAAGACGACAAUGGUGUUCAUCUAGAUACUGCAUUUGAAGAAGACUAAAGUUGUGGCAUAACUGUGUAUGAUUAUCACAUAACAUAAUGAGAUUAACAGCGGAGUUAAUUGCAUCAUCCGAGCAACGGACGAAUCCUCUUGGGGAACGAGAGAUCGUGUUGCGAGGCCUGGCCAUUCCUGUCGUUGAGCACUUGGGUGUCACUCGGGACGCUUAUGAUGCGAUGGAUUUGACGGACAAUAGGCUAACUCGAUUGGAAAAUUUUCCUCGUCUAUUGCGUCUCAGUAGUCUAAGUCUGUCGGGUAACAUCAUUGAAGCAAUCGAUUCAAGUAACCUAUCCAAGAAUUUACCCAACCUCCAAUACUUGGACUUAUCACACAACCACAUAUCAAAGCUUCACGAAAUUUCCAAUCUAGGAAAGGCAUACCAUAAUAGCAAUGCUAAGAAAUCCGAGAGUCAUUCGAGCAAAGGGAAUCUUGAAUGUUUGAAUCUGCAUGGCAAUCCUGUCCAAAGUGAGUAGUUACCAGAAGAACUAUGGAAUUUAUUUUCAUUGUCCUUCCCCGCAGUGCCAAGCUGAUUCGUUACGUUUGAUAUUCAAAAAAACCUUGAUGUACGCUUAAGKAUGCAUGAGAUAUYAUAAAUGAAUCUGACAAAGCACUCGUGGUUUGAUCAAAGAAUCCUACGUAUGGUAUCUCGUUUCAUUCACUCAACGGUGGUGCGAAAGAGUUUACGCAAUAGGUUUUUUUGUGUCCUUGCAGCAAGACUUUGUGAAACUGAUUUAACUGAAUUGGAUAUAUCUGAUUUUUUCUCAUCAUUUUGCCUCCCCAUCAUUUAAAAUGACAUUAUAGGGCGGCAGCACUAUCGAUUGUACACUAUACAUAGUAUUCCUUCGCURAAAGUUCUAGAUCACCAAAGGAUAACCAAAUCAGAAAGAGAUCGUGCUCGAAGAUUAGCUGUGUCCGCAGCAGGGGCUGCCCUAGAGAGUGACGUGCAGGACGAAGCGGGAAAGUCGAAAACGUUCACUCCAGGCGAAGGCGCGUCGGCGGARCAGUCUUUCGUGGUAAAUUUCACUGUCGAAGAAAAGGAACUGAUUCGAGAAAUGGUGGCCAAUGCAGAAUCUCCCGCGGACAUUGAGGAAAUUGAGCGUUCGGUUCAGAGGGGAGUCCUCCCAAUUAAAUAUUUGAAGAAAACAGAUGCCAUACAAAGAAAAGAUGUGGAUGAAAAUGAAACCAAUAGUCGCAAGCGAUCUCUUCCAGUGCCUGAGAGCGGAGAGAAUCAAAGUAAUGAAAGCGAGAAAAAAAUAAAACAUGGUCAAUGAUUGCUCUAUGAAAUUAAGUUAACCCUAGUUUUCAACGGCUAUGGUGACUAAAUCUUGCAAUAUUAUUUCGCUCAAGUCACAUCGCGUAUGUCUACUUCCAACUAUUGGAUUAUGUUUCACCGACUGACUCYAAGUUCCAAUCCUUUCCCAGAUUAGAAGGCACUAAAGACGAAGGUCCAUUGCCAAUUUUCUUUUUAUUGAUAUGGAUUUCAAAAGAAUGUCUUCCUCAAGUCCUUGUAUAAACGGAAAAAUAUCGCAGGCUUCUUGUUCAAGCAACCCCAAAAGUCUGAGCUUCGUUAUAGAUACCAAAGGGUGAUCCAUCCUUCCCAAGUUCGGUCCCAGAAUGGGUGCCAACUGACAAAUCAUCAUCCUAGCGUGUAAAGAAGUGUAACCCUUCCCUCCGGAAUAUUCUGGUUSAGUCAGAUGCCUCUCGACUUGCUCUUCUAUGAGAAAUUGGCAUUUCAUUUCGGCAGCUGAUACGACUUUCAUAGCCGUGGGUCCAACCGGAAUUUCUCUUUGAUGAAGGGGCUUCACGUAUUGCAGACACGCCACUGAAGUUGCGAGGUCAUUUGUCAAAAUGAGAAGUUCUACCACCAUAUUAUGUUGUUUUAUUAGAUUCAGUUUCGACUGAAUCAUAAUUGCAUGGUUAUUCAUUGCAAGUGUAUCUGAAAGCAUUUGYACUGGCAGUCCAAGCGGUGCUGGGACAAUUUCAUUUCGCGGUGAACUUUCAGGAAAUCGAGGAAGGACAGGCUUAUAAGGAAUUUUC